UCACACACACACACACACACACACACAUUGGAAGGGGUAGGGUUUUAAUCUUACCUUCUCGCUCGCCAUCCAUUUCCCCCAAAACCUGAGAAAAAUCCUCUGAGAUUUAUUCAAAAAAAGCAACUGAAAACCGUAAAGGAAGUGACUUUGUGCUCCACAAGGUCUUCAGAGUGAGAACCCUAGUCUUAGUUUCUUGCUUCUCUCCUACUUUACAGCUUGUCUCCUUUUGCUUGAGGGGCUGUAAAGUUUGGGCCUUUAUCGAGAUCCCUUCUGCUUCGAUUUCACCGUCAUGCCACUGCACAGUAACCUCAUCUCGGUCUAGUAGGUGGGAGAAGAAGCCAUGGAAGGGGAUGAGCGAGGAGUCUUACUUGCUUGUGUUAUUUCGGGUGCCCUUUUUGCGGUUUUCGGUUCCGGUUCGUUUUGGAUACUUUGGUCAGUUAAUUGGCGGCCAUGGCGGCUUUAUAGCUGGAUCUUUGCUAGAAAAUGGCCGAAAGUACUGCAAGGUCCUCAGCUCGAUGCACUAUGUGGUUUCCUAUCUCUUGCUGCUUGGAUUGUGGUGGUGUCCCCUAUUGCAAUCUUGAUUGGUUGGGGUUGUUGGCUGAUUGUUAUAUUGGAUCGACAUAUCAUUGGACUUGCGAUUAUAAUGGCUGGAACAGCGCUUUUACUGGCUUUCUACUCAAUCAUGCUUUGGUGGAGGACACAGUGGCAAAGUUCAAGAGCUGUUGCUUUACUGCUCCUUCUUGGCGUUGCCUUACUCUGCGCGUAUGAACUUUGUGCUGUCUAUGUUACGGCCGGUGCGCAUGCAUCUCAGCAAUAUUCUCCUUCUGGUUUCUUUUUCGGUGUUUCGGCUAUCGCCUUGGCAAUUAACAUGCUCUUUAUCUGCCGCAUGGUCUUUAAUGGAAACGGGUUAGAUGUGGACGAGUAUGUAAGAAGGGCAUAUAAAUUUGCUUAUUCAGAUUGUAUAGAGAUAGGCCCUGUGGCUUGUUUGCCAGAACCACCUGACCCCAAUGAACUAUAUCCUCGGCAAACCAGCAGGGCUUCACAUCUUGGCCUCCUGUACCUUGGAUCACUCAUAGUUCUCCUUGCCUACUCGGUCCUAUAUGGUCUCACAGCUAGGGAAUCACGUUGGCUUGGAGGCAUUACAUCAGCUGCAGUCAUUGUUCUUGACUGGAAUAUUGGGGCAUGCUUGUAUGGGUUUAAGCUUCUUCAAAAUCGCGUUCUGGCACUUUUUGUUGCUGGCACUUCUCGAAUUUUUCUAAUAUGCUUUGGCAUUCACUACUGGUACCUAGGGCAUUGUAUUAGUUACAUUUUUGUAGCAUCGGUUCUAUCAGGGGCUGCUGUUUCCCGUCAUCUGUCGAUAACAGACCCAUCAGCUGCAAGAAGAGACGCCUUACAGAGCACAGUGAUCCGCUUGAGAGAAGGUUUUCGAAGGAAAGAGCAGAGUAGUUCUUCAGGUUCUUCAGAUGGUUGUGGCUCAAGUAUUAAAAGAAGUAGUAGUAUGGAUGUAGGCCAUGCUGGUUGUACUAACGAGGCUAAUCGUACCACAGAAUCGUGUGUGGCUGACACUCUAACUCGUACAGGCAGCUCUCUUGAGUGUAUCAAUAGCGACAAAAGCGUAGAAAGUGGAAGACCAAGCUUGGGUAUACGUAGUAGCUCAUGUCGUUCUGUGGUCCAAGAGCCUGAAGCAGGAACGUCUUAUUCACUGGAUAAAGUUUCUGAUCCGAAUAACACUCUGGUCGUUUGUUCAAGCAGUGGUAUUGAUAGCCAAGGUUAUGAAUCCAGCACAUCGAAUUCUGCAAACGAGCAGAUUUUGGAUUUGAAUCUGGCUCUUGCUUUUCAAGAUCAGUUGAACGAUCCUAGGAUAGCCUCGAUGCUUAAAAAGAAAGCGAAAGAAGGCGAUCUUGAACUGACUAAUCUGUUGCAAAACAAGGGGCUGGACCCUGACUUUGCUGUUAUGUUGAAAGAGAAAAAAUUGGAUCCAAGCAUAUUGGCAUUACUUCAGAGGAGUAGUUUGGAUGCAGAUAGAGAUCACCGCGACAACACUGACAUUGCAAUCAUUGACUCAAACAGUGUUGACAAUACUCUUCCAAAUCAGAUUUCUCUAUCUGAAGAAUUGAGGCUCCGGGGUCUCGAGAAGUGGCUUAAGCUGUCCAGACUUGUUCUGCACCAUGUAGCGGGCACACCAGAAAGAGCAUGGGGCCUCUUCAGUCUUGUAUUUAUUCUUGAAACAAUCAUUGUAGCCAUUUUUCGACCGAAGACCAUAACAAUUAUAAAUUCCAGUCAUCAGCAGUUCGAAUUUGGUUUCUCGGUUCUCCUCUUGUCACCUGUUGUCUGUUCAGUAAUGGCUUUUCUUCGGUCUCUUCAAGUUGAAGAAAUGGCGUUGACAUCAAAAUCUCGCAAGUAUGGCUUUGUUGCCUGGCUGCUGAGCACAUUAGUUGGAUUAUCACUCUCUUUCUUGAGUAAAUCGUCAGUACUUUUGGGAAUAUCCUUGACUGUGCCCCUCAUGGCAGCAUGCCUUUCUAUUGCUGUUCCCAUAUGGAUGCAUAAUGGGUAUCAGUUUUGGGUUCCACAGUUAUCAUGCGGUGAUCAGGCAAGAGAUUCACGGUUUCCGAGGAUGAAGGGGUUUAUUCUUUGGAUUUGCGUUGUGGUGUUUGUGGGAUCUGUGAUUGCUCUUGGUGCAAUUAUAUCUGCUAAACCUUUGGAUGAUUUGAAGUACAAACUAUUCAGUGCCACAGAAAACAACUUCACGUCACCAUAUACAUCUUCUGUAUACCUUGGUUGGGCGAUGGCAUCUGGAGUUUCCCUAGUAGUUACUGCCAUUCUUCCAAUAGUCUCAUGGUUUGCCACAUAUAGGUUCUCCCACUCUUCUGCUGUCUGUCUCGUAAUAUUCUCAGUUGUUCUCGUGGCCUUUUGUGGAACAUCGUAUAUGGAGGUUGUGAAAUCUAGAGAUGAUCAGUUGCCCACAAAGAACGAUUUUCUUGCGGCCUUGCUUCCACUUGCAUGCAUUCCGGCCCUACUUUCACUAUGCUGUGGGAUGCUUAAAUGGAAGGACGAUUGUUGGAUACUGUCUCGAGGUGUAUAUGUUUUCGUUUCUAUCGGUCUUCUUCUUCUUUUUGGUGCGAUAUCAGCUGUGAUUAUUGUAGUCAAACCAUGGACGAUAGGCGUGUCUUUUCUCUUAGUUCUUCUCCUUAUAGUGGUAGCUAUUGGUGUUAUCCAUCUUUGGGCGUCAAACAGUUUCUACUUGACCAGGAAGCAGACAUCAUUUGUCUGCUUUCUUGCCUUUCUUUUGGGUUUGGCCGCAUUCCUUGUUGGAUGGUUUCAACACAAAGCAUUUGCUGGAGCAUCUGUUGGUUAUUUUACCUUCUUGUUUCUGGUCGCUGGAAGAGCAUUAGCUGUUCUUCUAUCCCCACCAAUAGUGGUAUAUUCUCCAAGGGUACUACCAGUGUAUGUCUAUGAUGCUCAUGCAGAUUGUGGAAAGAAUGUCAGUGCUGCGUUUCUCGUCCUUUAUGGAAUUGCUUUGGCAACUGAAGGGUGGGGUGUUGUUGCUAGUCUGAUAAUAUAUCCUCCGUUUGCUGGUGCUGCUGUAUCAGCUAUCACCCUUGUAGUAGCAUUUGGGUUUGCUGUUUCUCGUCCGUGUUUGACUCUUGAGAUGAUGGAGGUUGCUGUACGUUUUCUCAGCAAGGAUACUGUUGUGCAAGCUAUCUCUCGAUCUGCCACUAAAACGAGAAAUGCUUUAUCCGGCACGUAUUCAGCUCCCCAAAGGUCCGCCAGCUCUGCAGCUCUUCUGGUUGGGGACCCCUCUGCAAUGCGUGAUAAAGCAGGGAACUUAGUGCUUCCUAGAGAUGAUGUCAUGAAAUUAAGGGAUCGUCUCAGGAACGAAGAAAGAGUUGCUGGAUCCUUCUUCUACAGAAUGCAAUGCAGAAAAAGAUUCCGCCAUGAACCACCUACAAACGUGGAUUACAGAAGAGACAUGUGUGCUCAUGCAAGGGUUUUGGCACUAGAAGAGGCAAUUGAUACAGAAUGGGUGUACAUGUGGGACACGUUUGGUGGUUAUUUAUUGCUAUUGUUAGGUUUGACAGCUAAGGCGGAGAAAGUUCAGGAUGAGGUACGCUUAAAACUCUUCUUAGAUAGCAUUGGGUUCUCUGACUUAAGUGCCAGAAAGAUCAGUAAGUGGAAGCCAGAAGAUAGAAGACAAUUUGAAAUUAUCCAAGAGAGUUAUCUGAGAGAGAAAGAGAUGGAAGAGGAAAUCCUCAUGCAGAGACGUGAAGAAGAAGGGAGAGGUAAAGAAAGAAGGAAAGCUCUUUUGGAGAAGGAAGAGCGCAAAUGGAAAGAAAUUGAAGCUUCCCUUAUUCCAUCUAUGCCUAAUGCUGGUAGCAGAGAAGCAGCAGCUAUGGCAGCCGCUAUACGUGCUGUUGGAGGUGAUUCUGUCCUUGAGGAUUCCUUUGCAAGAGAGAGAGUAUCGGGUAUUGCACAUAGGAUACGCACAGCUCAACUAGAACGACGUGCACAGCUGGUAAUUUUUAUUUAUAUUCAGCAAGUAUACAUUCUAAAGAUGCUGAUUACUACGAAGUUAGCUAAUACAAGUUAUUACCAGACUGGAAUUGCGGGGGCUGUUUGUGUUCUUGACGAUGAACCAAUGAUAAGUGGUAAACAUUGCGGCCAAAUGGAUGCAAGUGUCUGCCAGAGUCAGAAGAUUAGCUUUUCCAUUACAGCAAUGAUCCAACCCGAUUCCGGACCUGUAUGCCUUUUUGGCACUGAAUAUCAAAAGAAAGUGUGUUGGGAGGUUCUGGUUGCUGGUUCUGAGCAAGGAAUUGAGGCUGGCCUAGUUGGGCUUAGGUUGAUCACUAAAGGUGAGAGGCAGACAACCGUUGCCAGAGAGUGGUAUAUUGGUGCAACUAGCAUAACUGAUGGAAGGUGGCAUACAGUGACGAUCACUGUUGACGCUGAUGCGGGGGAGGCUACUUGUUACUUAGAUGGUGGGUUUGAUGGCUACCAGACUGGGUUACCUCUAAGUAUUAGUAGUGCCAUCUGGGAACAAGGCGCUGAAGUUUGGUUGGGUGUUAAGCCACCUAUAGAUGUCGAUGCAUUCGGCAGAUCAGAUAGUGAUGGAGCUGAGUCAAAGAUGCAUAUAAUGGAUGUUUUCCUUUGGGGGAAAUGCUUAACUGAAGAUGAGGCCGCUUCUUUGCAUGCAACCAUUGGCAUGGCUGACUUAGACCUGAUUGAUUUGAAUGAUGACAAUUGGCAAUGGACGGCUUCACCUCCCAGAGUUGAUGGUUGGGAUAGUGAUCCUGCCGAUGUGGAUCUCUAUGAUAGGGAUGAUGUAGAUUGGGAUGGACAAUAUUCGAGUGGGAGGAAAAGAAGAUCAGGUCGUGAUUUUCUAUUUAGUGCGGAUUCGUUUUCCAGAAGACACAGGAAAUCCAGGAUGGAGACAGAAGAAGAAAUAAAUCAAAGAAUGCGUUCAGUUGAGUUGGCUGUCAAAGAAGCUCUCUCUGCACGUGGCGAUAAGCAAUUUACUGACCAGGAGUUUCCUCCAAAUGAUCGCUCUUUAUUCGUGGAUACACAGAACCCCCCUUCAAAAUUGCAGGUUGUUUCUGAAUGGAUGAGACCUGAUUCCAUUGUGAAAGAAAACGGUAGUGAUUCCCGUCCCUGCCUGUUCUCUGGGGCUGCAAAUCCAUCAGAUGUUUGUCAGGGGCGUUUGGGCGAUUGUUGGUUUUUAAGCGCUGUUGCAGUUCUUACUGAAGUCUCACAAAUAUCUGAAGUGAUUAUUACUCCUGAAUACAACGAGGAAGGAAUCUACACUGUGCGCUUUUGUAUUCAGGGUGAGUGGGUUCCCGUUGUUAUCGAUGACUGGAUUCCAUGUGAAUCACCUGGCAAACCAGCCUUUGCUACUAGCAAAAAAUUCAACGAACUCUGGGUCUCCAUAGUGGAGAAAGCAUACGCCAAGCUCCAUGGUUCUUAUGAGGCACUCGAGGGUGGACUGGUUCAGGACGCUCUUGUUGACCUGACUGGAGGUGCUGGUGAAGAGAUUGACUUGAGGAGUGCUCAAGCACAAAUUGAUCUUGCAAGUGGCAGAUUAUGGUCUCAAUUGUUACGCUUUAAGCAAGAAGGUUUCUUACUUGGUGCUGGAAGUCCAUCAGGAUCUGAUGUUCAUGUAUCUUCCAGUGGCAUUGUGCAAGGCCAUGCUUACUCCGUCUUACAGGUAAGAGACGUCGAUGGGCACAGGCUGGUUCAGAUCCGAAAUCCUUGGGCCAAUGAAGUUGAGUGGAAUGGUCCCUGGUCAGACUCAUCCCCAGAGUGGAGUGAUAGGAUGAAGCACAAGCUGAAGCAUGUUCCACAGUCAAACGAAGGUAUAUUCUGGAUGUCUUGGCAAGAUUUCCAGAUUCAUUUCAGAUCGAUAUAUGUUUGCCGGGUAUACCCUCGUGAGAUGCGCCACUCAGUCCAUGGCCAAUGGCGAAAUUACAGUGCCGGUGGCUGCCAAGAUUAUAGCUCAUGGCAUCAAAAUCCACAAUUCCGGUUAAGGGCUACUGGUUCUGAUGCAUCUUCACCGAUUCAUGUUUUCAUCACUCUAACUCAGGGCGUGGGUUUCUCAAGAACAACUCCUGGGUUUCGUAACUACCAAUCAAGCCAUGAUUCGCAGUUGUUCUAUAUUGGAAUGAGGAUUCUUAAGACUCGUGGACAUCGUGCUGCCUACAACAUAUUUCUUCAUGAAUCUGUUGGUGGAACAGACUAUGUGAAUUCCCGUGAGAUAUCUUGCGAAAUGGUUCUUGAUCCUGAUCCCAAGGGCUAUACCAUUGUCCCGACCACUAUACACCCAGGGGAAGAAGCACCUUUUGUUCUUUCAGUCUUCACAAAAGCCUCCAUUGUCCUUGAAGCUUUAUAGUUCCCUUAUAGGCAAGAUAGAUGGUUCUCUCUCUCCUCCCUUUACACCAACUGGCAUGCCAUGAAAAUUGUCCUAGCGGCUCAUUUCUCAGUGCUGAAUACUGGUUUACCCGCUAUCAGGUGAAUGUUAGAGAAGGUAGAUUACUUGCAAGAAUUGCUCCAUCCUGGUCAUAUUAUUCAAACAUGGCUGUCCUUAACCGCAUCUGAUCUGGUAGCUGGCCAUUAUCUCUCUUGAAUCUUGGAGGUCUUGGGAUAAAAUGUGUUGGUUGUUUUCCUGAUCUGUCACAAAGCUACCAGCUGAGAGGAUAAGCAUCACUGGAGAAAGCACUUACCAGCAUUGCAUCAAAUGUACAUUUGUAGGUAUGGUGACAGAGUACAGAUUAAUUAAAAUGUAGAAUGACUAUUUCUUAAAAAAAGAUUUGGGGACUCGUUAGGUAAUUGGUAGUGGUAGCUGCAGUUUUGGUUGGUGUGUUGUAAUAUCCAUACACUAAUCUGUGUGCAGAUUUCGUUUCCAUUCUAAUAUGAUGUAGUCUUUAUUGAUC